UGAAAAACAGGGAAGGUACGAUACGGUUACUGUGUUUAUUAUCGGAUACAGUGUUUAUUAUCGGAUACUGUGUUUAUUAUCGGAUACUGUGUUUAUUCAUAAAGGAACGUGUCCUCUAGCUAUGCCACGCUGAUGUACCCGACUCCUCUGUACUCCCAUGCUGGUCGUGGGCCUUUCUCAGAGGUAUAUGAGCCAGCAGAAGAUUCUUUCCUCUUGAUUGACAGCUUGGAGAAGGAUGCUGAUUUGCUGCAGCGAAGCAAACCUGCUGUCUGCCUCGAGGUUGGCAGUGGCUCAGGUGUGGUCUCAGCUUUUCUGGCAUCGCUAACCGGAGCUGAAGCGUUAUAUCUCUGCACUGACUUGAACCCUGCAGCAGCUCAGUGCACAGUGGAGACGUCUCACCGCAACAACCUCCACCUGCAGCCUGUUAUAACUGACUUGACUGAGUGUCUGUUGCCCAGAUUGAAUGGACUGGUGGAUGUUCUUCUUUUCAACCCUCCAUAUGUAGUGACCCCAACUGUGGAGGUGGGAAGUCAUGGCAUUGAGGCAUCCUGGGCAGGAGGAAAGAGAGGCAGGGAGGUGAUGGACAGAUUAUUCCCCAUGGUUUCACAGCUAUUAUCAGAACAGGGCCUGUUCUACCUUGUUACAGUGUCAGAUAACAAUCCAGAGGAGAUUCUGUCUCUGCUUGCUGAAUCCGGGUUGAGAGGAGAGGUGCAUCUGUCUCGUCAGGCGGGAAGAGAAAAGCUGUCCAUCCUGCGCUUCAGCAAGAGUGACAUCACCAGACUGUGAAUACCGACGACACACUUACGCUAGAGACUGAAAUCCUGUGUUUUUUUCCCCCCAAAAAAAUCAACAUGACUCAAGUGGGAGCCAGUGGGAGUUAACAUUAUGACAAAAAAUAAAUAAUAACAAUGACA